AUGGAUUCAUCACUAGAUCUGAACGGUUUGGCAAAGUCUCUACCAGCAGCAAACCUGGAGAAGGCUGAGAAGGACUUACUGAACAAUUUUAAAGCUGCUGCGCUCAGUAUAACAACUCUUUACCGAUCUUCAAGACAUGCGUCUAAACGCGCUUAUAACGCUGGAUAUGCAACAGCCUGCCAAGAUCUCAUGUCGAUGAUCCAACAGGGCGUUUCUACAGGCGGUGUAGCAUUAUCUGGGUCAAGCAACCCAGCCGGAGACGUGAUGACGAUCGGGCGAAUCAUGGACUGGAUUGAGGCUAGGAUGGAAGCUGUAAAGGCUCGCGAAGAAGAGGAGGAUGAAGAUGAAGACCGUGAAAAGGAAAAAGAAAGAGUAAGAGGGAGCGUCCCUGCAAGCCGCCCCAACAUAAAUAAAGAUUCCACUCCCCGUCAUGUUUUUCCCGGGGAAACUACGAGGGACACUGUACAGCCAGGUCCCUCUUCUUCUCGUCUGGAACAGCAAACUGCUGUUCCAGCGCCUUUGACUCCGCAUUCUCCUUUCACGGUUAACAUAUCAAACGUUCCCAAUAGACAAGCAUCACCUACGCCAUCCGCCGUGCCACCCGCGCGCCAAUCAAGCCACCCAUAUGCCAGCCAACGUUCAUCCAAAUCUCGUGCCUUAGGCGCCAAGAAAGACAAUCCCGAGUCAUUUCCCAUCAGCCCACCUAUUACAGCAUGCCUUACACCUUCAGAGAAUAUAUUUCGCACCCCUCCUGUCACAGCCGCAACAUCUGUUACAGGUGACCCUGCUUUUGCCGACUAUACUGCUGGCGCUAAGCGCCGUCAUGCUGUCAUGAUGAUGCUCGAUUCCACCGCUGUUUCGGGGGCUACCGAGUCAUCAUCACAAGGGAGUAGCGUCUCAUCAACAAUCACAUCCGCCUCUGGAAAUACCAGACGCAGAACGCGGAGCUCACGCACGUCCAUCCUUAGCGCCAAUCAUACACAAACCCAAAACAACUUGGGGGACGCCAUGGACGUGGAAGACGAGGGACGAGAACGAAAGCGAGCGGCUAGACGAUGA